CCAAGGGUAGUCUGCAGGGAUAAUGGCUCAUGCAUUGUUAACAAUAGUUUGGAAUUUCUUACAAAUGUAGAAGAUCAAGACAAUGGAUUUUGGAUUGGAUUUGCCAAAACAUGGAUUAGUUUUGCUUAUGUUGGAUGUGAGAAAUUAAAUGGUGGUGCCGAGUAUUCUGUUUCAACUCUGGGCGAAUGUAGACGUACAAAAGGAUGCAAAACAUUCGGUAUUCAAAAAUCAACAGCGGGUUUGCGAUGUAAAUGUGCCGGUAAUAACGCCGCGCGGGAGAAGACGUGUAAAGAAAAUGUGAAGAAGCUUUUCAAUAUCCAUGUGGUGACACAACUGACAUGGACGUGUUCUCAAUGUACACAGUAGAAAAUGUUCCUCCUAGCGAACAUUCACAAGACAUUCACAGAAACUGCCUACUGUUCUUCUAUAAUUACAGUCCUGGAUAUAAUUAUUAUUGGAAUUCAUGCAGUGCCACUUUUAAUUCCAACCCAGCGCUAUUAUGCAGCAACAAAUAUAUUUCAGAAGAUAAUCCGGUGGCGAAAAUACACAAUCGAUCUGAUGUUAUUUGGGCCCAGGCUGUUGAAAACUGCAUCGUUGCAAGAAAAUUCCCUGCAUCGAUACAAAGUAUCGAAAAUGGGAAUUUUACAAACCAGCACGAGCAGGACCACUGGACAGGAAUAAUUAGAAAAGAAUCUAUUAUAUCUUUGAACGAUAUGCUUGACAAAAGCACCAAUCCACCUUUGAAGUAUGCAUAUGUGGAGCUUAUAAACCGGACUUCGUACGUCAGAUUUGCUCACGAAGGUGAAUCGAGAAAAAGCUUGUGCAUAGGAGAUGGCCCAUCGACAGGACCCACGAUAUCGACACGAGAGACACACUCAUCUUAUUCGGAAUCAACCACGGCACCAGCCAAGAGUAAAAAAGGAUCAACGGCAGGUCUUGCUGUUGGUUUGUCCGUAUCUAUGGCAUUGCUGAUUAUUGUGACGAUCAUUGUGCUUAUGUUCUUGAAAAGAAAGGGACUUCCAAAAAGGUGUUACACACGCAAUGGUGAAAAGGGCAACCAUAACGAAGACACAAAAACAGAAAUAUCAUUUGUGCCAGCACCGAUACUUGAAUCUUCGACAUACACAAUGAAUUACCUAACAGCCUCAAAUCAUUCUUAUUUUGUGCUUGAAAAAACUUAUAAGAGAGAGACCAGGGAGGAGACCGAAGACUAUGGAGAGCCAGAUACGACCGAUGUUGACCAUUAUGAUUCAAUUGGAAUGUCGCAGAAUGAUACUUUUAAUAAUUACGACAUGUCUGCAUUGGCUGAGCCUUAUAACAUUUAUAACAAAGUCGAUUUAUAUCAAUCUGAUGAGUACGAUCAUAUUCAUCAAAACGGAAAACCGCCAAAGUCGGACAGACAAACUGAAAAUGAAUACGAUAUAUCCAAUAACCUGAUCGACGGCAAACUCAGUUAUAAAUUCGGAAAUGACAGUGAAACAUACAACCAUUUGAACAUACAUGACAUGAAGAGCUCCGGUACAGAUAACGUCUAUGGAAAGACAGAAACAGAUGGCGAUAGUGGAUAUGAUACCUCCCAUGCUCUAAACCUUCGCAGGAAUAAAGAUGCAAAUGAUCAGCAAGCUGAUUAUGCCGUGAUAAAAAAAGAUCUGGUAGAAUAAAAGUGCCAACAACAGGACAUAUACGAACGUGAUCUGAUCAUUUAAUUUAAUCAUAUUCCAUGACAUACGAAAGAAAUCUACGUUGCAUGCAGCGAUUGUCAACUUAACCAUGACACAUCUUCCGAUCAAUCCUAUUCUUGUUUAUUUGCCAAAUAUGUAACUAAUGUUUGCAAACUAUGCUCAUCGGUGAAGCAACACAUGAUCGUAAUUCCAUUUUAAGACCGUCAAUUUAUAUCGCUCCAACGACAGCUUCGGGCAUUCAGUUUUAACUAUUCAAAGAGUUUCGUUAUUUAUCUUGUGGAUUUUGCGAUCAUUUUUAACGAUUUAAUUAUUCGCCUUAAGUGAAACCCUACGCAACAUUUUCAUGUAUGGACACCUUAUGUGAUAAUGAGCCCGCCUCUUUAAUUGUAAGUUCCGCGUUAUACGUAAUACGCCAAAUCUCUGAUGGCAGCAGUAGGUGUUUUUUUUGAAGUGUGAAGUUGAUUUACAGGCCGUGUUUGUUGCACUUAAUUCAAAGUUUACUUACAAGUUUAUUUGUAAAGAUUAGUAUAUCGUUACAUAAUUAAUUUAAGUGCUUAACCAUUCUAUUCAAUUUUUCAUUUGUGUUUUUUAUCAUAUUGUGUACGUUUGGUGUGUUAAAAUAGUUGUUCCUUAAAGCAUUUAAAGUGGAGUAUUUCCAGUCGACCUUAAAACAACUAUCGGCCAAUCGCAAUCUAUUGAGAACCUAUCUUCAUAAAUUUUACAUCUUACAUUAUCUCCAAUCUGGUUUUCGUCAGAAUCACAAAUGUCAAACAACUCUUAUACGAUUAGUUGAUUCUUGGUUGAAAGAUAUUGAUUCUCGUUAAAUUGUUGGAACUGUUUUUCUAGAUUUUCGUAAAGCUUUCGAUUUGUUGGAUCACGGUAUUCUUCUACAUAACUUGAAACUAUAUCAUUUCUCUGUUUCCAGCCUUAAGCUUAUAACCUCAUACUUACUUAUGCGUCGCCAAUGCGUAAAAGUAGGAGAUUUGUUAAAAGUGGUGACCCACAAGGCCCCAUUCUAGGACCUCUUCUCUGUUCGAUUUACAUCAAUGAUAUAUAGUUUCACUCAAUAAUUCCUGUAUUGACCUAUUCACGUAUGAUUCCACUAUGCACACAUCUGGUUUUAGAGUGAAAGAUAUUCAAAAAACAUUGCAGAAUGAUUUGGAUUCAGUAGUUUCUUCUACUUUCUACUUUAAUAAUAACAUGUAAAUUCAUUCAGGAAAAUCAAGACUAACUAUGAUAAGAAGUUAUUUACUUAUUUUGCUAAAUCCGUAUGAAAUUCUAUACCGAUUUUUAAAACACAAUUAAAAGAAAACACAUUAUGACAAAUCAAAGAUUUUAGUGAAUGACUGUCUGUUAAAAUUGUUUAUUUAAAUGCGAUUUUUUUUAAAUUUGAACAUUGUAUAUGUUGUGUUUGUUAUUGUUUGAAUGAGAAAUGUAUACUUAUACGUUUGUAGAAUGAAUUGAAGACCACAUUGUAAAAAAAAUACUAAGUAACUAAAUGUGUUAUCUUCAUGAAAUAAACGUUU